CCCCCACCACUCGACAGCAGAACACACAUUAUACAUAUAUGCCAUCGUAGAGAAUAGUAAACAUAGUGGAGUACCUAAUGUUGUUUUCUAUUUAAUUAAUGAACAAGCGAAUAACGAUCAGCCGGAAUAGAACGAAACUAGGUCGGGACUGCUUGCACAAUGAAAGACUUUGAGCCCCCCGGGAGUCUUCUUUGUUAUUGGGGAGAUUUAAAGAAGCAUCCUAAAUGUGCUCAUGGUCCUGCCCUGCUCUUUGGUCGAGAGUACAAUGGGGAAGUGAAUAAAUUUUAUGCCUGUUCAGCGUGUAGGGAUAGGAAACUCUGCUCAUUUCAUCUUGAGCAUGGCAAAGAGCCUACCAAGUAUCAAAAGCAAACAUGGGAACAAGAAAAGAAGAAAAACUUACCAUCGUACAAUCACCAGAAGUUGUUCAUCCAAUACAAUCAAUUGUUGGGAGAAAAUCCUGCAAAAAGAGCUUAUUGUCAUACAUGUGCAAGACUAUUUUCAAUCUCAGAUAAGCAUAAACAUGAUGAGCAUGAAAUAAUAGAGAAUCUGUCGGAUCAUCAGAUGUCAAAUCCAUCAGAAUUUUUGAAACCCUUAGAAAAUUCAAGGAAGGAAGCUCAGUAUUUAUUUUCAAAGAAGGCUGUAACUGACAUCAUAAAUUUGUUGACUGACUUGAAAGCAGAGAGUGUUUUGUGCAUUGGAGCUCCUAGGAUACACGAGUUUAUUACUCAAAACCUAGGAAGCAAAAUGUCAAGCCUUUUAUUGGACAUUGAUGGGAGGUUUCACAACUUCUUUGGGCCAUUGAAUUACUGUUGGUACAAUUUAUUUAACCAUCAUUUUUUUCAAGAAGAUUCAGAAGAUGUUUUUAAAGAAUUUUUGACACAAAACAAGGGUAAAAAUAUGUACUUGGUGUGUGAUCCACCUUUUGGUGGAAGAGUAGAACCAAUCUCACAAACCAUGAAGACUAUUAGCGACUUGCAUAAAAAACUAAACAAAAUUACUGAUGGUAAAAAUGAAUUAAAGAUAUUUUUCAUUUUUCCCUACUUCAUGGAAUCUGUGAUGAGAGAGAAAUCUAAUCCUCCAAAUAUCGGUGGAGGCCUUAAAGAUUUAAAAAUGACUGAUUAUAAAGUUGCAUAUGAUAAUCAUCCAUUAUUUGUAUCAAAAGUCAAUAAUCAACAGCAGGGUUCACAAGUACGAAUUUUCACAAAUGUACCACUUAAUUUUAUCAAACUGCCAGAGUCUGACGGAUACAAAUACUGUAAAAGAUGUGAUAAAUGGGUAUCUGCUGAAAAUAAGCAUUGCAAAAUUUGUCACAGUUGUACAUCAAAAGAUGGUAGACGAUACAGGCAUUGUAAAGCCUGCGAGCGUUGUGUCAAACCUACUUGGCAACAUUGUAAAAAGUGUGACAGAUGUGCUUUACCAAACCACAAGUGUGGACAGAAGCCAAAAAUUGGAAACUGCUACAAAUGCAAAGAAAUAGGUCACACAGAGAAAGAAUGUGCAGCAGUACAGCUUGAAAAAUCUAAAGCUGUUUCAAAGAAGAGGAAGGGAAAAACUGAAAAUAGCGACUCUCCAGCUAAAAAGCAGAAAAUUGAAGCAUUGGACAGUACUUCUGAAACAAAGAAUAACAAAAGUAAACCAAUAAAGAAAAAGAGCAAAAAACUAAAUUCUCCAGAAAAAGAUAAUAACAAAGUAAAGAAAGUGCCUUCUGAUGCUAAACAAAAUAAGAAUAAGAACGUAAAUGUUCUGGAAUCUUCUGUAGUCAAUUCUAAUGACUCCAAAGAAACUAAAAAGACUGUAAAAAUAAGUGGUGGUGCAAGUAAUAAAGAACAACAGUUAGUUAAGAUAAGUAAAAAGUUGAGUAAGGUAAAGAAGGCAGUGCUAAGUGAAAAUUCUGAAGAUGCAAAAGAAAAUACUAAAAAAAAGAAGAAAAAUGAAUCAAAAAAGAAAAAGAUUGUAAAAAGCUAAUAGCAGUACAAAUAUAAAAUAAUAUUUUUUUGUAAAAAGUACAUUAAUAAAUAAUGUAAGUUUUCCACA